GCUUGAACUUAUCCGACCACGGCAACGCGAAUGCAGAUCGGCAAGCGCUAGCAUUCCGAGAUUGGGCGUCGAAUGCACAUGGCUGGCUUUUGAUAGUUGACAAUAUCAAGAUCGAGACCCAAGAGUCGGUUCGCCGAUUGAUGCCAGAUGGUGGAUCCACUGGGCACAUCUUACUGACCUCGCAGAACAAAGCUAUAGUGGCGUCGGUGGUGGCUUCCAGUGAUAGCUGCAUUCAACUGGAGCCGCCAUCACACGACGACGCUGUUGAGAUGUUCAUUGUGACCAGUGAUGCACCUCGCUUCUCACGCGACAAAGCUACGAUAGGGAAGAUCGUCAAGUUCCUUCGAUAUUUACCGCAUGCCAUAGCUCAGACUGGUGCGAACCGUAGGAACAACGGGUGGAGUUUGGAUAUGUUGUGGGAGCGAUUGUCUAAUAACCCGAAACGAGUAUUGUCAGGAAGACCAGACGAUGGACGAGAAUCGAUCACCGCAUCGCACGAUCUAAUAUUCAACACACUCUCAGAUGAUGCGCAGAGCUUGCUGCGGGUCAUGUCUUUCUUUAGCCCAUCUGCAAUCCCGACGCUUGAAGACUGCAUCGAACGCCGCGUAAAUUCCUCCCUGCACUCGCGAGCUAUACACAAAGCAACACCAUCAGUGCCGUUGAAAGAACACAAACCAAUCGACCAAAUCGCAGCUCUUGUGUUGAAUUGGUCGCGCUUAGAAGGCGCUCUUCAGUGUCUACGCAAUGUGUCGAUGAUACACAACAGUGCUCAAUACGUGCUUCAUAUGCAUGACUUCUCGCAGCUCAUGACUCAGAUGAGUCUGGAGCCAUCACAGUGUGAAGAGUGGACCUCUGCGUGCAUUGCUCUUCUUUGCUGGACGUUUCCCGAGCAUGAUGCUACUUUCGAGGAGCGCCAAAAGGUUAAUGUGUAUCUAGCGCAGGCUGAGAUACUUCUGAGUAAGUACGAUUCGAAAAAGGACGACAAAUCUGAUGACUCUGUGGCGUAUGCUACUGAACUGGAAGCCAUCGUUGGACAAUGCUUGAUAAGGAGGCUGAGACAGAAGGAUGCACUACACUACCUAAAGCUGUCUCGAGAUUCUUACCUUCAUAAUCAAUGGCAGGAUCCCCAGCUCCUUUUGAAUGUCACAAGACAUAUCGGAUAUGCAUAUCGUUACGCUGGAAAUCUUUACGAGGCCGAAAUCGCAUUUAGAGAAGCGCUACAGCUCUGUGAGAGGUCACAUGAAGCUGAGUCAGAUGAGAUCAUCCAAGCAAAAAAUGAUCUUCUAACAACAAUAGAAAGAUGCUGUCGACCUCAGGAGGCCGAGGGUCUUUGUCGCAAUCUUCUGCAGUUAGCAACGGCAAAAGGUUAUCAUGAUGAUCAUCCCGUAACACUUGCCAUAACACACAACUUGGCACUCUGUCUUUUGAAUCAGACAAAGUUUGAGGUUGCCAUACAGUUGUCCUUGGAAAUCAUCAACAUCGAAACAGGAGAAGAGCAGGACGGCUCUAGUCUACUCAGAACUUUUAACAACCUGGGUGUUGCGUAUGAUUACUCUGGAGACUACGAAAGAGCGGAGAGCUUCUAUCGAAGAGCCUUAACGGGCUUCAAGGAAAUGUUUGGCCCACAAGACACUUUCACACUCCGUAAUCAAAGCAACCUUUCCUCUGUUCUAUUGACAUUGGGACGUCUGGAUGAAGCAGACGAUCUUGCAACGGAAGUUCUUGGGCAGUUUCUCGUAUGUACUGGCCAUGAUGUGUUCGACACUGCAGUCGCUCAGCGGGACAAAGCAGAGGUUCUACGAGUAAAAGGACGCUUCCUGGAGGCGAAAGAGCUCCUAGUAGCUGCCUUGGGAACAAUGCGCGAAGCUUCGGAGUCGCAUCCUCUCAUCCCUGGUACGAUUACAUCUUUGAGCUUAGUCGAAGGCAAUCUCGGUCUCACAGCAGAGGCCCUAGUCCAUGCCGAGGAAGCUUUUCAGGCUCGUACGACACAUUUUGUGGAUUGUAUCAAUGUUGGCACCUUCCAGGCAAACUACUGCUACGCAACGGCCCUCGCUGCAACGGGUUCCACAAAGGAAGCUGCAGUGCUCUUCAUGGAGUGCAUUGAACAAUGCCAACGUGUUCUUCCAGAGAAUCAUCCUUUAUGCCUGAUGGUCCAGAAUAGCUUAGCCUGCCUUACUUGGGCGACUAGCCCACUUGAGUCCUUGAAACUCCUGCAGGACGUCAAGUCCGGUCUCACUGAAGGUGACGGAGACAGUUCCGGCACAGAGUCGGGGCAGCCUCGCAUCCGCGGAUUCGGUUCCGACAACUAUGCGGUACUCAUUGUUUCCCUGAACAUUGCGCGAAUACAGCUCCAUAUCGGAUGCACAUCUCAAGCCGAAUUUGUAAUCGACUCCAUGAGAGCAGCACUUAUUCGUGUAUUCGGGUCAGACCAUCCCGUCGCACUCGUCUACUAUGUCAUCCGCGGUCUGAUACAGGCUUCCAAGGGUGACAAAGAGGCAACAGAAGAAGCUUAUGAACUUUUCACAGAAGCCGCCACCGGGUUCGAAUCAAAGCUAUCACCGGAUCACAUGGUUCAUUCAUGGACAAGGUGCCUCAUGACAAGAGCAUUACGUUGCCUUGGCCGGUCAAAUGAAGCAGCAGCUCUAGAGACUUGGCCGAAUGCCCGGGAUGAGAAACGCACGCAUAAUAUGUUUCUAGAGGAGCUGAUGAGUCCGAGAAUGGAUAACUUUGACUGGGUCCGUUACACUCUAUUUCCUUGUGGGGAGACUUUUGUGCAUCGACAGUUGCGUAAGACUAUGUGUCGAACCAUAUUGCGCGAGAUUCCCAGGCUCUAGGAUCCGUCAAGGUCCCAAUAUUUACAUAACAUCAAAUAUGAAAAUAAAAAAAAGGUUUUUCAUGUAUGUCAUCUAUGCCCACAUCGACCAGAUUACGGUUAUAAGCUUGCCAUAACUCACGGCGCCGUAGCCCGAGCGGCAUCCUUGGUCAGUCGAAGGAAUUCGGCGUCCACCAUCUCCGCCACCAUAGACUG